AUGCCUUAUGAGGCAAAUUACCUCACUCAUGACUUGGAGUUUGCUGCGGUGGUUUUCGUACUGAAGAUUUGGAGGCAUUACUUAUACGAUUAUGAUUGUUCAAUUGAGUACCACCCUGGUAAGGUUAAUGUGGUAGCUGACACACUGAGCCGUAGGGUUGUAUCUGAUCUGAGAGCACUGUUUACUUAUCUCAGCCUAUUUGAUAAUGGUAGCUUGUUGGCUAAGCUUCAAGUGAUACCGACAUGGACUGAUCAAAUUAAGGAGAAACAGUUGUUGGAUGAGUCAUUAGUUCCUCAUUUCCGAUCAGUUGAGAAUGGAGAGACUACGGAUUUUGGGUUGAAUAGUGAGGGAGUACUAUGUUUUCGUGAGAGAGUUUGUACACUGAGGGAUUCUGAUUUGAGGCAAUCUAUACUGCAGGAGUUGCAUAGUAGUCCAUAUGCUAUACAUAUUGGCUAA